AUGCAGUAUACUUCAUUGUUUCAAAGAGGGGAACAACCCUCCACCCCUGCAUCCAUUCAAGGAGCAGCAGCUUUGAGCUCGCCGGCAUCACUUGACAACUCCCUAUCUGACAUGUUCCGCUCUCCUCCUAGGCCCUUGCCAUAUGAUGCUGAUCCCAGAUAUUACCGCUUGCAACGGGAUGGAUUAGUCUCAAGAAGGGAGAAAGGCUCUAGUCACUCACACGAGGAAACUGAACCACUGAGAAUAAGUGCUAUUGAUGCAGAAUCUGAAUAUGUGAGCAGUGGGAAAAAGUGGAAUGAGUCUACUUUUGAAGAAGGUUCUAAAGAAUAUAAUUCCAAGUCUACACUGAAGCUCUCAUCGACAAAGACAGCAACUGGAUUUGCACAUAUCUAUACUUCAGAAGAUGACGAUGUCUGCCCAACAUGCCUUGAAGAAUACACUUCUGAAAACCCCAAGAUAGUUACAAAAUGCUCUCAUCAUUUCCACCUUGGUUGCAUCUAUGAGUGGAUGGAGAGAAGUGAAAGCUGUCCGGUUUGUGGCAAGGUAACAUGUAAUUAUGCCGUGUGAACUUGUCUGCAUAUAUUUUGAGAUGAUUAUAGUCCAUUUUUAUGCUUGGUUUUGUAUUGCAAUUUAUCUUUUCAUUUAUAUGCUACAUGCAAAGCAAGAACAUUAAGUGAAAAUGAUAUUUUUCUCUAUAGCUUCACUUUUGGAUUAUUUUCUUCGAAUCACAAAUUAGUUUAAUGCGAAGUUAUUUCUGCUCUGAAUUUUGUUGGUGUGAGAACUACUUUUAUCUAAUUUGAAUAAGAGUGGAUUAAAUCUUUCUUUCAACCUCAACUCACUUCAAUUUGAUCUAGUUUUGUCCCAACAGUUUUACUCAUGACAUUAAUCAUGUGAUAUCAUAUUAGGCGCUGUUGGACAUUGUAAUAUUAGCUAAAGCACAUAUUUGUUUUUCCUUGCUAUCUUUGGUGAUGUUAGUAUUUUUCUCCCUUCAAUUAGCAUUACCUUCAAAUCUUCAAUGGAGAUCAUAUUUACUAUUCCUCAAUGGUGCAUUUGUUGAUCUUUGCAGCAUAACUCUAAACCAUUGUACCUAGUUUCUCUCUUUCUAUAUCUAGUUGGUGUUACUUAUACUGCUUCACAUUUGUUUACUUGAACUUCAUCCUUCCUUAAAAUUUGCAUUUAGGCAACACUUAUUUUAUGUUCAUGGUUCUUAAAUGGCUCUGAUUCUGUUGUCUGAAAUAUUGGUUACAUAUGAACCAUCCCGUUUAGCAAGCUGGGAAGUGGAUUGGGUGAAGCCCAAACUCCCGAAGCUGACCCGUUUAUAUGUAAAUGUUUUUGGGUGGGCCGUUAAAUUCAACAAUUUUUUAUUUUGUAGUUCAAUAGGAGUUUGUGUGUGUUGCUGGAUAUGUUACAAAAGAUAUAUCACUAUACUAGUAAGAGUGAAGUAAUACUUGUUAACAGUAAUACAGGUAGAUGUAGAUUUACAUUAACUUUGAAUGCGAUAGUGAAAACCGAGAUGGUAACUCAUGGUUAGAGGGAACAUAUGAUCCUUCAUAGAGUACAAUAGCGGCAUAAGAUUCAUGUAACAAACCGUAAAUAAUCGAGCCAAAGUUUUAUUGAGUUGAGUUGAGUUGAGGACUGGUACAGGUACCCUCUCUACAAAUAUAAUUGUCCAAAAGAAGAUGAACCAGAAAUAUGGCGUCUUCAGAUGCUGUGCAUGCUACUGGUUUGGAUUAUCAUAGAGGUCUGCAUGUCUUAAGGCUUCAAGCUUGUUAUUUUUGGGAGCAAGUCUCAACAACAGCUAUCAAUAUUUAAACUCCCAUACAUAUAACAUAAGUUCUGGAGCCUUGUCUAAAAACUAUAUUAACGAUCUAAAAGGAAGGAGUUUACAGUUUUCACAAAAUCCCACCAACUAUAGUGAAUUUGGCUGCGUGGCAGCACACACUGAGCUUGCAUACAACUAAUGGAUGCACACAGUGAGCUUGCGUACAGUUGCAUCAUAUGCAUGGAUAUCAUGGUCACAGAGAACCACAUGGCGCAGUGUGAUUGUUGUAGCUUAAUUUGUUGUGCAUGAAAUAACUGUCUCGCUAUAUGAUUUCUUGCUUGAUUGGACUCGUUUUGUUUGGUUGGCAUUUUCAGGAGAUGGUAUUCAAUGAGACGCCUUGAUCAUAUUCACUAUGUUCCUGUCGUUGGUGAAACCAGCAACAAACAACAAACAGCAAACAGGAAAGGAAGGAAAAAAAAAAACCUGAAGCAGAGUGUAAAGUCAUUGUGAAUACGACAUAUGAAAGUGUGUAAUGUACAUAGUAAAUAUUGUUCAGUAUAACUUUGUUACAGGUAUUUUUUUUUAUUCAUAAUGUCUUGCUUUUCCCAUUUACCUAAUCUAAUGGAAGCUCCUCUGCCUCUGAAG